AUGAUAGAAAAUUCUGUGAGAAGCGGUAAGAUAGAAUCGGGGGAGGGUACCAGGAAGUCGGCCCCGAGGAAAAGAGAUAAUGAAGUGAACAACACGAGCACAUUCAACAAAGGUCAGUCCAAGUCACUUACCGUAAAUCAGCCAAAGAUGGUAGCCGCCAAUCAACGUAGCUCCGUAAGACAAGAAUCCAACGCGAGGGAGAACACAAAAAGGCCACAAUUCACCCCUAUACCCAUGACGUAUAGGGAGCUCUACCAGAACCUGUUCAAUGCUCACGUAGUGUAUCCUUUCUACCUGAAGCCACUGCAGCCCCCGUAUCCCAAAUGGUAUGACACAAACGCCCAAUGUGAAUACCACGCGGAAAUCACCGGGUACUCAAUUGAAAACUGCACUGCGUUUAAAAAAGUAGUCGAAAGACUCAUUAAGUUGGGGAUCGUGAGAUUUGACGACCCAGCCACACCCAAUGUAGCAGGAAACCCACUCCCCAAUCAUACCGACCAAGGAGUGAAUGGGAUAAGUGAAGGUAGGAACAAGAAGAUCAAGUAUGAGGUGGCAGAAGUCAAGACCCCAUUGAGACAGGUAUGGAAGGAGAUGGUCAAGAGAGGUUUGAUCGUGUUGGAUUCAAGAAAAGCAUCUGAAGGAGAGAGGAACUGCUGCGAGUUCCACAAUGAGGUGGGGCAUGAAAUCCAAGAGUGUGUAGGGUUCAGGGCCCUCGUGCAGAACAUGAUAGAUAAUAAAGAAAUGGAGUUUUAUCAAGAAGCUAAAAACCCCGUAGAGGGAGAUAUAUGUGCGUCGGAAGGAGAAUCGACGGUACAGAAUCAAACAGCUAACUAUCCCGUAGUUAUCAUAAAAAGACCCAAAAAAAAAGAAGCUGGAGUACAAAUGCCACCAAGGGUCAUAAUCCAAAGACCUGCUGUCUUCCUCUACAAAGACAGCAAAAAAGUCCCAUGGAAUUAUGAUUGCAACGUGACGAUUCCGGGGAAGGAAAGCCUGGUGGACGCUUCAAAAGAGGGUCAAGAUAGGGGCCCCUACACACGUAGCGGGAGAUGUUACGAUAUAGCAAAUGAGGAGGUACAACCCGUAAAAGGAAAAGCCCCAGUGGUCGAGGAAAUGAAAGAAAAAGCAACCAAACCUAUUAACGAGCCAGUUAACGAAGAGGAGGCCAAGGAAUUUUUAAAAUUCCUAAAGCAUAGCGAAUACAGUAUGGUGGAAAAACUACUUAAACAACCGGCUCGUAUCCCGGUGUUAGCCUUACUUCUAAGCUUGGAAGUCUAUCGCAGCGCGCUAAUGAAGGUCUUGAAUGAAACAUAUAUUGCCAAUGAUAUCUCUGUUAACAAGUUGGACCGUUUGGUUAGCAACAUCAGUGCCGACAACUAUAUUUUCUUCAAUGACGAUGAGAUACCACCCGGGGGCAUGGGGUCGACUAAAGCUUUGCAUAUCACCACGCGCUGUAAAGGGUAUAUGCUGCCAGGCAUACUGAUUGAAAAUGGAUCGGCUUUGAACGUCCUACCAUUGACCAUGCUAAACAGCUGGGGCAGUGCCUUCCUCGUUGCAUUAAAAAUUGAAGCUGGUAUCGGAGGGGAGACAGAUGAUGAGGCAAUCGAAUGUUCAUUUCGAUCUUUGGAAUUUGUUAAUGCAACCUUCAUCGCCGAGGGAAGCAAGAUUUUGGUGCCAAAAUUGUCCAAAACCAUGAGGAUGAGCCUACAGUUGACGAUUGGAAAAGGGGCCCUACCCGGAAGAGGACUUAGGAGGCAUCUACAAGGAGGGAUGGAAAUGCCAACGCUGAAGGACAAGAGAGACCACUUCGGCUUCGGAUUUAAGCCGGAUGCGAAACAAAGGAAAAGAAAACUGGAAAAGAAGCAAGAGAGAAGGAGGGCACGGUUAACGGGGGAGGAAAUCAAGUAG